GAUAAUAAUAAUAAUAACAGUGCGCAAGCGCAAAUAAAAAUAACAAUACGCAUGCGCAAAGCUCUAAAUUUGGAGGGGCGUAGAAAGGAGGCCAUAUUGUACAGUUAAAUUGAAAGAAAGAAAAAUAAUUUUGUUGUACUAUCGUCUCGUGACCCAGGGGCCAGAGCGACUUGGGCAGACAAGAAUAUAAAUUUUACCGUAGACAGAAGAGCAGAUAAAGAGAGACAAAGAUACAGGAACUAGUGCUCAAGUUUAUUAGAAACACACACACACACACUGCAAACCUCAACAAGAAUCCUCAUAGAUUUUCCAUUGUGUAUAAAUAUAUAUAUUUAUAUAUCUAUCUAUAUACAAUAUACCUACUCAGUGAUAUCUUUAAUCAAUUAGACGUCGAUUUGUAGCCGUGCAUACGUUCCUCGUAUUUAUCGCUGACACAACGAGAUGGGCACCAGAGACGACGAGUACGAUUAUUUAUUUAAAGUGGUUCUUAUCGGAGAUUCGGGAGUAGGAAAGAGUAAUCUCCUGUCGAGAUUCACCCGCAAUGAAUUUAAUUUGGAGAGCAAGUCGACAAUUGGAGUUGAGUUUGCGACACGAAGUAUACAAGUAGAUGGCAAAACUAUCAAGGCCCAAAUUUGGGACACUGCUGGCCAAGAACGUUAUCGAGCCAUAACUUCUGCGUACUAUCGUGGAGCUGUGGGUGCAUUGCUGGUGUACGACAUUGCGAAACAUUUAACGUACGAGAAUGUCGAGAGAUGGUUACGGGAAUUACGAGAUCACGCAGAUCAAAACAUAGUAAUAAUGCUUGUGGGUAACAAAUCUGAUUUGAGGCAUCUUCGUGCUGUACCAACUGACGAAGCUAAAGCAUUUGCUGAGAGAAAUGGUCUUUCAUUUAUUGAAACAUCUGCUCUCGAUUCUACAAACGUUGAAACGGCCUUCCAAAAUAUAUUGACUGAGAUUUACAGAAUUGUCUCGCAGAAACAGAUAAGAGAUCCGCCCGAGGGUGAUACCAUUAGAGCACAAAAUGUCGAACCGAUUGACGUUAAGCCGACAAUGAGUUCGGAUGGAAUGCGUAAACAAUGCUGCCAGUGACUCGCCGCACUGUUUUACACAAUCAGUAAUAAUAAGGGAGGAAAAAUAAAAGUGGUAGCUGGUGAUAAAUAUUGCAGGUGUGUAACAGUACGAGAACUAAGACUAUGUGUGCGGGCCUGUACUCUCGUACGCUAAGUAACGAGGAUCUCUUUGCCUCAGUUUAAAAAAUAUUUUAAAA